AUGUAUGGAGUGUUGGUGAUUGGCGCUCCGGGCGCUGGAAAAUCGACGUUUUGUGCUGGUUUGACGGAUAUUUUCACGCAGUUGAAUCGACCAUUCAUAACUGUCAAUUUGGAUCCAGCCAAUGAUAAUGUACAGUAUGAAGCAACUUAUUCGAUAAAGGUUGGUGACAAAAUAGGCUUUUAUUUCUUCUUUCAGUUUGAAGAAGUUUUCUUCUAAUAAAUAGUUUCAAAAUUGAUAGCUUUUUCUGGUUUUUUGAAAUUCAUUUUUAACCUUAGUUUUCAGGAGUUGAUAACCGUUGGAGAGGUGAUGGACCGACUUGGACUUGGGCCUAACGGCGCAUUAAAAUACUGUAUCGAAACCUUGUGUCAAAAUAAGGAUUGGCUACUGCAGAAAAUCACGGAAAACACGAAGAAAUACGUGAUUAUUGACUGUCCUGGCCAGUUGGAGCUGUACAAGAGCGAGGGUGAACUGUGGAAGGUUGGUAGAAAAUGUGAACCGGCUUUUUUCAAUGAUUUUUUAUUUCAGGUGAUCAGACAUCUCGAAAAAGCGGGCGUUCGCCUGUGCGCAGUUCAUUUGGCCGACUCUUUGUACUGCUCCGACGCCGCCAAGUUCAUCUCCGUCGCCUUGUCGACCUUGGGUCAGUCGUUGAUCAUUUAAUGUCCUUCGUCACGUCUUGGAAAGCCGUGGUCGCACUUGGAAUGGAUCAAAUUAAAAGGAGCAUUUUUGGAAUACUGCCCCCAGGAAUAGGCGAUAUAUUUUAGUUAAGAGUUGCACGAUAAAUUAAUUCUAGUUUGGAAAAUAUCCUUUUUUCAGCAACGAUGGUGACGAUGGAGAUGCCGCAAGUGAACGUCCUGUCCAAGGCGGAUUUGUUCAGUUCCGAUGGAACUUACGAUUUGGAUUAUUUCACCGAGUUGCCUGAUGUCAAUCGCCUCACGGAUUUGCUCAAUGUGAGGAAGUUUUUCGAAAAACUUAGGAAUUUUAGAGUGACCCCUAUAGGGGUAACAUCAAGGUGGUCUCUAUAGGGAUUCAGAUUUUGACCCCUUAACUUCUAAAGCUCAAGUGGUCCCUAUAGGGGUUGUUCAAUUUUAUCCAAAAAGGUUAUUUUUUUUUAGUUUUUUGCAUGGAAAUGCUUCUUCUCAUAGAGUUCAUACAACUUUUGACUAGUAUGUCCUCUAUAAGGACCACUUUUGCAAGCUGAAGGGGCCCCUAUAGGGGUUGGUAAAGUGGUCCCUAGAGGGAUCGUCCAAAGGUCCUUAAGAAUGCCCCUAAAAGGACCACUUUUGGGCUCCUAAGCAGGUCUUUCAUACCGCAGGAAGAAGUAUCUGAAAAAAACUUUUAUUGCCAUUUUUGAUGUGAUUUUUGUUGAAUAUAUGUAUAAUGAAGUAUUUUAUAAAUUUUUCAUUAUACAGUAUAAUUAAUUUCAGAACGUCCCUGGCCUGGAAAAAUAUUCCAAGCUGAAUUCUUCCAUUUGUCAGGUUGGUUUCCGCUUUUUAAACUUAAAUUUUGACGAGCGAGUUACUGUUCGUACUUUACAGAUUUUUCAAUCUCAACUAGCUACUUUUAUAUAAAAAAAUUCAAUUUUUUUGCAUGGAAAAAAAUGAGAUUUUUUUAAACAAGUAAAUUGUUCUUCAAUCAAUAGGUAGGAAAAAAACGGCUAGAAGGCAUUCAAAAAGACUUCCGAUCGAUUUAUCAAAAAUUUUUAGGUGAUUUCCGACUAUGACUUGGUAAACUUUGUUCCGUUGGCCGUCGAAAGCAAGGAAUCCAUGGCCAGGAUAAUUCGCCUCGUCGACACGGCCAAUGGUUUUGCUUUCACUGAAAACGGCGAUUUGCGAGAUUUAAUCGCCAGUUCAAAAAAUUGA